CAACCUUCCCUUCGAGUGGUUCUAAUUAUCCGAAAUGCUGAGGUUGGCUUUCUUUUUCUGCUGCUCCCUUAUUGUACUAAAUUUGAGAGGAUCCUCUGCUGAUUCGCAGGAAAAUGAAAGGGCCGUGUGCAUUUUGCACGAUCCCCCAACACAAUGUGGCGCCUUCUGUUUGUCCGCAUUGCACCCGCUAUUUGACCACAACCGUAAAAUGCGAAACAGGUUGGAUGUGAUCGAGGAAUAUAACAAAAAGGCAGUCACAAAAGAAGACUUUGAUGCGAAAUUGAAAGCUGCCAAUUCCGAAAUACGGUACCAACUUCGGAGUCUUCGGGCAGGACUUACAGAAAUACAAACCAAAAUGCUAAAUCAUGAGGAACUACUUGAGCGAGCCGCUUUUAAUAUUCCCCCGGAGUUCGAGAAAAUAAGCAAUAGGUUCUUUUAUAUAGAACGAACAACUAAGCUAACCUGGAUAGAGGCUAAAGUCAAAUGUCGUGAGAUGGGAGGUUAUUUGGCAGCGAUUCAAAACCAACAUGAAUUUAAUGCCAUCAAAGUGAAACUCAGCCACGAUACGCAAUACUGGCUUGGAAUCAACGAUAUACAAAAGGAAGGGGAGUUUGUAUCUGUUGCCUCUGGAAGACGAGCUCCAUUUUUAAAGUGGAGGGAAGGAGAGCCGAAUAAUAGUGGGGACGGCGAGGAUUUCGUUAUUCUGAAUAACGGAAAAAUGAAUGAUUGUUGGCGUGAAAGUAAAGAAUUUUUCAUUUGCCAAUCAGAUGACAAAAUCUAAAUGAAAACAAAAAACUAUUAUUUCAGCGAAUGAGGCUCACGAUAAAUGAAUAAAAAAUUGUAUACAG